CAACCAAAUGUGGAACUACAAACUACUCAGGAACAGUCUGCACCCAUAGAAGGUCCCGUGAAUUUGAAUGACUACAGUUUAACCAAGCCCCAUGAAAUAGAAAAUGUGGACAGUGCUGAAGGUCCAAGCAAUGAAGAUGAAGAUACAGGAGCAAGUGUGGAGACAAGACACAUCAAAGCAGAGAUGGGAACUGAAAGAGCUCUCGUUCUGGACAGAUUAGCAAGCAAUGUGGCAAAACGAAAAAGCUCAAUGCCUCAGAAGUUCAUUGGUGAGAAGCGCCACUGCUUUGACACCAGCUAUAAUUCUAGCUAUAUGUAUGAGAAAGAGAGUGAGAUAAUACAAACAAGAAUGAUGGACCAAACCAUCAAUAACGCCAUCAGCUAUCUUGGUGCAGAAGCCCUGCGCCCCUUAGUCCAGACACCACCUGCUCCCACCUCAGAGAUGGUUCCAUUUAUCAGCAACAUGUACCCCAUCCCCCUUACCCGUGCUGAGAUGCCUAAUGGUACCCCCCAGGACCUGGAGAAGAAGAAUAUGCACCUGUCAGAAAAGAACAUGCCUUCUGAAAGAGGCCUCUCCCCCAACAACAGUGGCCAUGACUCCACGGACACUGACAGCAACCACGAAGAACGCCAGAAUCACAUUUACCAACAAAACCACAUGGUCCUUCCUCGGACCCGCAAUGGGAUGCCACUCUUGAAGGAGGUCCCCCGCGCUUAUGAACUCCUCAAGCCCCCGCCCAUCUGCCCAAGAGACUCCAUCAAAGUGAUCAACAAAGAAGGGGAGGUGAUGGAUGUGUAUCGUUGUGAUCACUGUCGUGUCCUCUUCCUGGACUAUGUGAUGUUCACUAUUCACAUGGGCUGCCAUGGCUUCCGCGAUCCUUUUGAGUGUAACAUGUGUGGUUAUCGAAGUCAUGAUCGGUAUGAGUUCUCCUCUCACAUAGCUAGAGGAGAACACAGAGCCAUGCUGAAGUGA